AUGGACCUUGUACGAUUGGACUUGGAAAACGAGGACAUGGAAUUCGAUGUGGGUUCUGGGGAAGAAGAAGAGACUGGUUAUGUUUUAGGACAACAAUUUCAAUAUGAUGAUAAUUGUAACGGCAAUGCAUUAGUCGAAGGGGCUCGAACUUCUUUGUCAUCUUCGAAUGGGAAUGAUGGGGAUUUCCAUCUCGAACCCUAUGAGGGAAUGGAAUUUGAUUCUGAACAGGCUGGUAGAAUUUUCUACAACUCGUAUGCACGGAGGGUUGGGUUUAGCACUCGAGUUAGUGUGUAUCAGAGGUCGCGGCGCGAUGGAUCCAUCAUUUGUCGCCAAGUUGUGUGUUCGAGAGAGGGGUUUAGACGCGAAGGUAGUGAAAACAAGUCAAAACGCCAGCAUACUGUCACAAGGAGCAAUCUUGGUUUGGAAAAUAAUCCUCAAGAGUCCUUCACUGCUCGCUAUGAUAUUCUAAGCAAGGAAGCCAUCAAAUAUGUAGAAGAUGGAGCAGAUUCUGUGCAUGUUUACCAUGUAGCAAUGAAUGCUCUACGUGAGGCUGCAAGGCAGGUUGCUGCUGCAAAGCAGGAUACACCAUCUGUUGUUCAGAGCACUCAGAUCAUUAAGUGUAAUCAGGGGAUUGACGUAAAUGAAACACAAAGUGAUCCCAGUAAUCAAGAAAAGAAAAUUCAGGAAUUAACAGCUGAAUUGGAAAAUGCAAGUCAGAUAUGUGAGGCAUACCAAGCAAAGCUGCUGCUUGUUUUGAGAGAGAUGGAAGAGCAGAAGUUAAAAAUAUCAGUGAAGGUGCAAAGUGUGAGGGUCAAUCUCCAGACUUGA